UUAAUUCUGUAACUUUGAAUAGAGCUUAUAGAUCACUUAGAAAUAUUUUAUUUAUUAUAAUUCCUAAAUUAACAGAUGAAAAACCAGCAGUAUUACAAGUAGGAGACGUUAUUCAUAUUAAAUUAAGUGGAGAUGGGUAA